AUGAUAUCCGUUGUAAAUGGAGAAAAACCUAUAAUACAGCAUCAAGCAAGCAUUGAAGCAAUACAGAUUCAGCCGCCCUCGACGUUUCUUCUUUUGAAAGAUCUCAGUUUCAGAGAAAUGGAUUCAAAAGAGCAUCGUGACGACUCCAGAAAAAAGAGGCAAGCGGAAGAGCGCAAACUGAUCGAAGAAGUACGCUAUAAGAGAUCGUGUAUCCGUCUAACUCCUAGCUUCCCGUCAGAGAAUGAGAUCCAAAGAAAGAUUCUCAAAUUUGGGGAGCAAAGGUGCACUUUUCGCAAACAGGAAGGCCGGUCUGUACAGGAGUCGCGUCGAGAAGCUAUAUGUCGAGACAUGUAUUCAAUGGAACGAAUCCGCAGCACAGCAGAAUCCUUAUCAGUGGCAUAUGAAAUGUACGACUUUUUGGUUAUGUCCGACUCUGCACUGAAGGAAUCGCGAAGGCGAUUCUACGACACAGACGAAGACGGCAUACCUAUAGAGCCCGUCUUCAUAGCUGACUUCGUUCGAAAAGAACUCGACUUUUUCGCGGAUUUCAAACAUGAAAAGGAGCUACAAGAAAAGUACGAGCAUAUGUGCCAGCAAAUAAAGGAACAAAAUAAGAACAUCAAAAAUCUAUCGGAGAAAGUCUAUUCCAUAUCCACUUUGGUAACAAAGGUACACGAACUGCUGAAAAAUGGAGAGAAAGAGGAUCGUCCUUCUGGAAAAGGUCGCGACGAAGCAUUGCAAGGAAGCGGAGAAGGAGACCCAUGGAAGGAUGACAUCGAGAGAGCAGCGGUCCCCGGUGCAGAGGAGGAGGACAUUCUGGAUAUUCAUUACGAUUACGAAUUUGUUCCUGACCAGAGCGAUUCAAAAACGAGGCACACCACUGAACCAAACGAAUCAAUUGGAAAAGAAAAGGCUGACCCACAGCAGCAUCCAGGAGCGAAGAGCAGCGCAAAUUGGAAGACCGCAUAG